AUGAAAUAGGAAGAGGAUCAUUUGGUGUGGUCUACCUCUACCAAGAUGAUACUAGGAAGUUUGCAGCUAGGAUACCUUCACCGGGAUGUUAAACCAGAUAAUUUUAGAAAAAGUUCAGACGAUUUGCUAUAUCUUAUUGAUUUUGGGGCAACUGCAAAAUUUGAUGAAUCAAAAGUACACAUCAAUUCAGGUAUUUAAAAUAAAGGCACUAAUUUUACUUCUUCAAUUUACGUACUCAAAGGAUAGUAUGCUCUUUAAAUAGACGAUCUUAUUUCUGUACUUUAUAGCAUUUUGUUUUUGACUGAACCGUUAAAUAUUAAAUGGUAAUAAGAUGAUAAUGUUUAAAAGAUAAUUGAUUUAAAAGGGUAAUUAUCUGAAUCUUGGUUCCAAAGCCUUUUAUGCAAAAAAGUAGCCUAUUUAAUUCAAAAACUUGAUGCAAUCAGAUUACAUGCAGAUGUUACUCAAUCAAUAAAUCCAUGUUACGAUGAAAUCAUUAAAGAAAUUGAAAAUGUUUAUGCAAUAAGACCUUUAUAGGAUGAUGAAGAAUAGGAUCUUGAAAAAGGUCUGCGAAGCAAUCCUUAUGAUUAUGGAAGUUUUGAAGUACAGUAAUAAAAUGAUAUCCCUCCUGAAAAUACUUUUAAAAAAGUUAUAAUAAUGGCUGUAUAAGCAGUAGGAGUAGGCUUAGGAUUUGUAAUUAGUUUUUAAUAGAUCACUAAAAGAUGA